AUGACGACCACUUCUGCCAACUUUGGUCCUCUCACGACUACAUUUACGCCCCCAUCCGAUUGUUUCACUGAACAAUGGAUUCAGCAUAACACCAAUUCGACUAUCCUGGCCUGGGGACCGACCUGUGAUGCCGCAAAGGUUGGGUACGCGUCAUCCUGCUAUCCUACCGGAUGGUCAGGGUCCAAAUCCGAUGACAGCAAUCUCAACUAUAAGGCGUUCUCGCCAGGACUGAUCUGUCCCUCUGGAUUCACGGCGACAUUUUCUGCAAGCCAUAUUCAGGCAACAAAAUCGUUUCUGCUUUCGGAAUAUGUGACCAGUCUUGGGAAAAAUGACGUUGCCACUGUCUGCUGUCCUUCAAACUAUAACUUCAACGGCGACCUGUGCACUAGCAAUGCCCUUGUCUUAACAGCUCGCCCUAUUCUCACAGUGACGAAUAACCAAUGCGCUACAAAGACGGCAAGCGACUAUAACGGCCACAUAGGCAACAAGGGCGAAACCGGCGACGCGACCUUCCAAGCAAUGCCCGUAAUUUUGAUUCGCAAUACCAUCACCGAUGCUAUCCCCUCCUCAACAAGCAACAGCUCCUCGGAUAACAGUGGUAGUGGAGGGCUGUCCACGGGUGCCAAAAUUGCCAUUGGAGUCUGCGUUCCAGUUGCGAUUAUCAUCGCUGCUGUCAUUGCGUUUAUAAUAUGGCAUCGACGAAGAAAGCGUGCCAAGGGGACUGAUGCAAGUUCGGAUAUUGCGUUGCAGAGUCCUCCGGAGCCGGAUCCUUACCAUGGCAAACCGGAGUUGGAUGGGGGUGUUGCGUUUUUGAGGAAGUCGCAGGACAAGUUGGAAAUGGAUUCCGAGGAACAAGGUAUUUGGAAGGCUCCUGAUCGGGCUGAUUUGCCCGAGACUACGCCGGUGGAGUUGCCGGCGCAGCAGGAUCCUACCUCGCCGCAGGAGUUGCCGGGUGAUGUGGGUGGGUUUGAGCUACUGGGUAAAGCAGGCAGUCCUGGGGGUGGAGGAAAACUUACCAAUAAUGCAGAUGGAGAGCUUGGUUCUCCCAAGACUUCACACGCUGCUGGCCAGGAAUGA